CCCCCGAGAGAAGACAAAAUCCCUCCCUCGGCCGCUCCUCGACGUCCCCCUCAAAAUGGCCCUGGGAACCCUGGGGAAGCUGUUCAGAAUGACGAGUUCUCUGAGGAGACUCGUGUACCGCGGCGACGUGUGCGUGACGUCUGCACUGCCUGUGUUUCGCCGGUACAAGACUUGCGUGAGGAGAGGCGUGGGGGAGGCUGGCCCGCUGUUCAAGGGGCUCCGGUGCGGGGAAGUUCAUUACAGUACGAAAAAGUUGGGAUUCACCUUAAAGACCCAUACCUGUGGAGAACUUUGCCUUGCCAAUGUAGGAGAAGAAGUAACUCUGCGAGGGUUUCUACAGUAUCAGCGUAUGGGGAAAUUUGCUGUGUUGCGUGAUUUUACUGGAAAGACUCAGGUCCUUGUUAGAGAGGAGGAUGUCAAGUUCAUAGAAAUACUGAACAGCACAACAUUUGAGUCAUACAUAGAGGUUAAGGGCAGAGUCUGUAGCAGACCGGAGGAUCAGGUCAAUAAGAACAUGCCAACAGGGGAGAUCGAGGUUCUUGCAGAUGACAUAAAAGUUCUUAGUGCAGCACGUCCAAACCUUCCAUAUUUGAUACGUGAUUACAACAAGCCCAAGGAGAACCUUAGACUGAAAUACCGAUAUUUGGACCUGCGGCACGCAGAAAUGCAGAAGAAUCUGAGAUUGAGGUCAAAGGUAGCAAAGAAGAUGAGGGACUAUUUACAAGACAAAGAAAGCUUUGUUGAGAUUACAACACCCACUCUUUCUGUCAAUACUCCAGGUGGAGCACAAGAAUUCAUUGUGCCCACCAGACUUCCAGGCAAAUUUUACUCCCUGGUCCAAAGUCCCCAGACGUACAAGCAGCUAGCAAUGAUUGGAGGGUUUGAGAGGUACUUCCAGUUUGCUGUCUGCUAUAGGGAUGAAGGCGCCAAGGCAGACAGACAACCAGAAUUCUUACAGGUUGACCUCGAAAUGGCAGACGUCACGAUGGCCGAGAUCCAGGAGCUGAUCGAGAACCUCCUCACUCACAGCUGGCCUGACCACUUGCCCGGCGUCAAAGCCCCAUUUCCCAGCAUGACCUACGAAGAAGCCAUGACUACCUAUGGGGUCGACAAGCCAGACACUCGAUUCGGAUGGAAGUUACAAGACGUCACAGAAAUUGUCAAAGGAUGUGGGGCUAGAGUUCUGGAGACUGCUGUUGCGUCUUCAGAGUGUUCUGCCUCCUGCUUCGUCAUCCCAGGGGGCCAGAGAUAUAUUACCCGGAAACUCGUAUCUUCGUGGGAGUCUCUUGCGGAGAAGGACUACCAGCUCAAAGGACCAUCUGUGUUCACUGUGAAGGAUGACAGCCUCCUCCAAGGGCCACUUGCCAAGAAGAUCAAUAACUCGAGUCAGAGCCACUUGAUAGAGAAAAUGAACGCACAUGUGGGGGACACUGUUGUCCUUGCAGUUGGGAAAAAGUCAUCUGUGCUACCUCUCCUGGGAAAACUACGCCUGCUGUCGGCAAACAUUUUAGAGCAGGAAGGUGUUGUGGUGAGAGAUCCAUCUGACUUCAAGUUCCUCUGGGUGGUUGACUUUCCCCUCUUUGAGAUGGACGAAGACAGCGGGAAACUAGUCUCAGUGCACCACCCCUUCACACUGCCCAAGGACGAGGAUAUUCAUUACCUUCAUACAGACCCAGUAAAGGCAAGGUCCCAGCACUACGACCUUGUGUUGAAUGGCUGCGAGAUUGGUGGCGGGUCAAUGAGAAUCUAUGAGCCAUCAAUGCAACAACACGUCUUAGAGAACAUCUUGGGGAUAGAUGCGUCUAGUCUUGGCUUCUUUAAUGAAGCUUUACAAUCAGGAGCUCCUCCUCACGGUGGCAUUGCCCUUGGCUUCGACCGACUCAUUGCCGAGAUGUGUGGAGCCAACAGCAUACGGGAUGUGAUAGCCUUCCCCAAGAGCAUUGAAGGAAGGUGCUACAUGUCAGGGGCUCCGGGAGAUGUGACGGCCCAGGAAAUGGACCUCUAUCACAUUAGGCUGAAGGAAAAAGACGAGAAAUCCUGAUGACAGGAAUCUUUCAAGACUAGUUUUUUUGUUUUUUUAUCAUUUCCGAGAGAUUUUCUGUUCAGUCAGUUUUGGAGACUUGGAUUUUAUUCUUAAUUUGUCUCAGAAAGGUAAGAUAUUGUUUACAUAUAACUUGUCUGAAGUCACAUAGGUGUUUUUAUUAUUUUAUUAAACAAUGCAAAUUACUUAUUAAUCUAUCCUAUAGACCUUUUAUCCAUUUAUUUAUUUGUUAUUAAAAUGUAGUUCAUCAUAAUGUAAUUUUCUAUAUUUUCCUCUUAUGUAUUUUGUACUGAAAAUGGUUAAAUAUGCAAGGCUUUAUACUGUUGAUUAUUUUGUAAAUAAAGUGUACAGUUGUUU